AUGGAGAAGCUCUUGGAAAAGGCCAACGCGACGGAAGGUUGCCUACAAGCGAAGGAGCUGAAGACUUCCGGCGCGUUCCACACCAAGUGCAUGAUGCCGGCAAGAGAAAAAUUGCUCGCUGCCUUGAAGGAGGUGGAGCCUAAAAUGCAGCCACCUACCUGCGACGUGUAUGUGAAUCUUACCGGCUCGAAGAUUCCUGCGGGCACGCCAGUUCCAAAGAUCGUGGAGAUGCUAGCAGACCAGCUCACGAACUGCGUGGAAUGGAUGCCAUGCAUGCAGGAGAUGAUUAAGGAUGGCAUCUCCGAUUUCUAU